GCGGCCGGAGCUGCUCGAGGGGAUGCGGCGCUCGUCUCGGAGCCGUGGGGAGAGCCGUGCUCGUGGGGCCGGUUCCGGGCACGGGGGGACGGGUCCCGGCCGUGGGGUGAACCCCUGGGGCUAAUCCCGGUGGUGGGGUGAGGCCGGGCCCCGGAGUGAACCCUGGCCGUGAGGUGAGCCUCAGGCGUGGGACGAAGCCCAGCCGAGGGGCAGAGCCCGGCCGUGGGGUGAAUCCCAGGCUGGAGGUGAACCUCAGCCCCGGGACUCAUCCCAGCCGUGGGGUGGUCCGUGGCCCUGGGGUGAAUUCCGGCCACGGGGCCAAGGCUUGGCCCCAAUCCCCUCCACGUGCCGUGCUGGGAUCUCGGCCCGGCAGCAGCGCCUUUGGGGUGAGGGGGUGCUCGGGGUCAGGCUGAUUUGGGGAGACGCCUUUUGCCGCUGGUUUCUCCGUGGCUUUCUCCGCAGCAGUUCCGUAGGAGGUGGAGGAGGAUGACAGGAGUGUCACCUGCAAUAAAAGCUGGGCUGCCAGCCCAGGCGUUGAAGGAAAGCAAGCACUUAAACGCUGAGUUUUGUGACAGUCUGGGGCUCGCUUGUUAAACUGCAGUGCUGCUGCUGGAUGUGGUGGAGGGCUCUGUUGCUCCCAGCCACACCACGUUUUAUCUGACCUUCUGGAAAUCUUUAGAGCAGUGGCUUUUAUCGGGCCCUUUUGGAAACUUUGAAUAGGCUGAGUAUUUGUUUUGGGGAGGUACGACUUCUCCUGAGUUGCCGUGCUGAUAAAGAUUUUACACGGCCUUGGUUAAGCAGGGAAUUUCUGACAAAUAAAAAUGUGAAGCUCUGGUGCACGGCCUGACAGGGAUUUCAUCUCUGUGCUCUCCCUGUGAAAAACGGGGAAAUGGUGCUGUCACACGUCCCUGUCCCGGAGGGCAUCCAUGGGCACAGGCUGGAUGUGCCUGGAGUUUUGCUCUGUGCCACAGCCUGACCUGGUGUCCUGGACAGAGCCCUGCUCCCUCCCCACCAGGGAGGUUUUUCCAGCCUGAUUCCAGAAUCUGGCUCUGGAGGAGACGGACAGCGUGCGCUGCUGACACCUCACUGCUCCGUGCUCUGGAAUAACGAUCCAGCCUUGGCUCUCCCAAACAGAACUUGUGUUUGAGCUCCAGCCCGGGCAUUAGCUCCCCUCCAGAGGUGACUCCAAAAGCCCUGCAGCGUGCCUGCUGGGCUUGACAGAACAGUGCAAAUCCUGCAGUGCUCUGCUGCCUGCUAAGCAAACCCCGUUAAACACUUUCAGUUUUGUUCCCUUCUUACUAUUAAAAGCGGGGGCUGCUUGCUCUGAGUGCUGAAGUACAGCACAAUUUAAUUUAUUCCCUUUUAUCUCUUCCUACAGGGGCUCUUUCUCAUUUCGUUUGUGCAUUUAAUUGGCGGAUAAAACUCAGGGUAAACGGCCCAUAGGUGUUUUCCUGUGCAAAGUUUAGUUUCCUGCCACCCUUGGAAGGCCAGAGCCGAGCUGAGGGCUGAGGCCAGACUGCUGGACAAACUCACCCUGGCUGCAGCAGGGAAAAGGCAGAACUUUGCGGAUCCCUGGCAGUGGCUGUGGAGUUUCCCACCCGUGACUGCCACCAGAGCUGUGCCAGCAGCAGUCCCAGCUGCAGGAGCAGUUAUCUGCACAAGUGCACUCUUACUGAUAGAGCUUGUUUGCCUUGCCUGGAGGGUGUUUCCCUGGCCCUGGGAGCAGAGCUGCUUCCAGGGAUGGAGCCUGCUCAGGCAUUCACCUGCCUGCCUGGGAAGGAAAGGGAAGGGAAGGGAAGGGAAAGCUGCUCCAGGUGUACUUGCCACGUGUGGCUCUCCUCUUCCCAUCCAGAAUCUGUAGGAGCCCCGUCACGUUUGCAGUGGGAAUUCACUUGUGGAAACUAACAGGGAUGCCAAAGGAAAAAUAUGAUCCUCCAGAUCCUCGCAGAAUUUACACCAUCAUGUCGGCGGAAGAGGUGGCCAACGGGAAGAAGUCGCACUGGGCUGAAUUAGAGAUCUCGGGGAGAGUGCGGAGCUUAAGCACGUCGCUGUGGUCGCUGACACACCUGACUGCUCUGCACCUCAAUGACAACAACCUUACUCGCAUUCCACCUGAUAUUGCCAAGCUUCACAAUCUGGUUUACCUGGAUCUGUCAUCCAACAAACUCAGAAGUUUACCAGCAGAACUAGGAAACAUGGUGUCUCUCAGGGAAUUGCUUUUAAAUAACAAUCUGUUACGGGUUUUGCCUUAUGAACUUGGACGGCUCUUCCAGCUGCAAACCCUGGGUUUGAAAGGCAAUCCUUUAUCCCAAGAUAUUCUCAGCCUCUACCAGGAUCCAGACGGAACCCGAAAGCUACUGAACUACAUGCUUGACAAUCUAGCAGUUCAUCCAGAGCAGCUGCCUCCAAGGCCAUGGAUUACUUUAAAAGAACGAGACCAAAUCCUGCCCUCAGCUUCAUUUACAGUCAUGUGUUACAAUGUGUUGUGUGAUAAAUACGCCACCAGGCAGCUCUACGGCUACUGCCCCUCCUGGGCACUCAACUGGGAAUACAGGAAAAAGGGAAUCAUGGAAGAAAUAGUCAACUGUGAUGCAGACAUCAUUAGUCUUCAGGAAGUGGAAACGGAGCAAUACUUCACCCUUUUCCUGCCGGCCUUGAAAGAACGGGGAUAUGACGGCUUCUUUUCUCCAAAGUCACGUGCCAAAAUCAUGUCGGAGCAGGAGAAAAAACACGUGGAUGGCUGCGCCAUAUUCUUCAAAACGGAAAAGUUCACUCUGGUGCAGAAGCACACGGUGGAGUUCAACCAGGUGGCCAUGGCCAACUCGGAGGGCUCGGAAGCCAUGUUGAACAGAGUGAUGACCAAGGACAACAUCGGGGUCGCCGUGGUGUUGGAGGUGCACAAGGAAUUAUUUGGAGCAAGUAUGAAAUCACUCCACGUGGACAAGCAGCUGCUCAUCGUGGCCAAUGCCCACAUGCACUGGGACCCCGAAUACUCGGACGUGAAACUCAUCCAGACCAUGAUGUUCGUCUCAGAGCUGAAAAACAUCCUGGAGAAAGCCUCGAGCAGGCCCAGUAGCCCGACAGCAGAUCCCAACUCUAUCCCUCUGGUGCUGUGCGCGGAUCUCAACUCGCUGCCCGAUUCAGGUGUCGUGGAAUACCUGAGCAACGGCAUAGUAGCUGACAACCACAAGGACUUCAAGGAGCUGCGCUACAACGAGUGUCUGAUGAACUUCAGCGGCAACGGCAAGAACGGAGCCUCGGAGGGCCGCAUCACGCACGGCUUCCAGCUCAAGAGCGCCUACGAGAACAACCUGAUGCCUUACACCAAUUACACUUUCGACUUCAAAGGUGUGAUUGACUACAUUUUCUACUCCAACACUCACAUGAACGUGCUGGGCGUGCUGGGCCCCUUGGACCCUCAGUGGCUGGUGGACAACAACAUCACGGGCUGCCCGCACCCGCACAUCCCCUCGGACCACUUCUCGCUGCUGACGCAGCUGGAGCUGCAGCCGCCGCUGCUGCCGCUGGUGAACGGCGUGCACCUGCCCUCCCGCAGGGUGACACAGAUCCCAAGAGAACCUGGUGGGAACCACUUAAUCCUCUCUGCCAAGCAUCAGCCAAGAACUCGCUUCAAUUAGAAAUAAUUUUAGGUG